CGGCAAAACUUUCUAAUUAGCAUAAUUUGUUGUGCUACAGGGCAUUUUUCAACAUCAACUGACCAUCAAUCAUCUAGAUGGUUCAAACGUCGAGUAUACGAGACCAAUUACUCGAACAUUGAAAAGGUGCUUUUGAUGAAGCUUAAUACUCAAUUAACUCUGAGACUGGUAUUGCGAAACGCCUUUAGACGGGAUGAUCCCGAACUCACCAAUGACAUUCAGACGCUCUACAAGCAAUGUCCUACCCUGUUCAAGCGCGCUUUGGCCCGCUCGGAUCGCAAUGAAUUAGAACAAGAAGCUGACGCUAUGCUCGAUCAGGACGAGUUUGAGCUUGACGUCCCUCCGUCAGCCAAUGAGAGUCAUCAGGACCCUUCCAUUAUUAACAAGAUCCCCUCUAAAGAGAUGGCUAACUCAACCCAUUUCAUCCAAGGUGAUAGCCCUAUGCCUGUUAGAGCAGAACAGUUAUCGGAACAUUUCCUUCAGCAACUCCGAUCGGCCUAUCAUCGGGAUUAUGGUAAGGCGUCUUACUGGCCAUCCUAUUACGAGAAGAAGAAGAUGGUGCAGUAUGCCCGCAAGGUGGGGUUCAAUCGACCGCCUAUGUCCCCUGGCGAGGAUCCCGAGCGCUUUGUUUUCAGUAAAGGGGACUCAAUUGCGUAUCAUGACAAUCAAAUCGGUAUCAUCGACCACAUUUUCCUCUUUGAUGUAUAUGGGGAACGUCACAUCUUCUUGGUGAUCACACCCUUGGAAAGAACAGGUGAGCGAGACAGCAUUCUCGACUUGGAGAUCAUGGAAGAACAAGAAGAUGCACCUAUUAUGAUUGGCAUAACGGCAAUAAAUCCUACUAGGCCGUAUGUCAUCUAUGUCCCUGGUAUUGGACACGUCUUGAACGACUGGAACAUCAAAUUGCUAUAAUGGUCUCCGGACUUUUCCGAAAUCGCGAUUUCACCCAAAAAGACCAUGGACCCCCUUUGCCCACGGCCAAGUCCUUCGCAGGAGUACUUCGACUGGAACAGCAAGCUUUCGCCCUUUGUCGCUUUCGGAUUAGUGGCCUGUACUGGUGGUGGUUGAUGACGACUAGAAGGGAAUGCAUAACUUGUAUCUCUUCAUUGCUCC